AAAGCCAAGCACAGGGUCUUUUGACUCUUCUCCCAAGUACGAGUCAAGCUCAGAAAGAACCCUACCCUGCUUACGCUAUAAACCCUCGUUCGAAUCUUCAAUUCCCAAUAUUCUAACGGUUCCACAGCGAUAUAUAUUGCCACGGUUCUUAAAUUCGUUGGUGCCUCCACUCUUCGCGCCAUUUCUCCUCUGUGCGUCACAGCGUCUUCAUCUCAUGGAUGAUUCCCAAGGAAACCCUCCUAAAACCCCAGCUACAAGACACCGAUGCUCAGCAUGCUUCAAGCAGUAUAAGAAGAAGGAGCACCUAAUUGAACACAUGAUGGCCUCGGACCAUUCAGUUCAUCAACCUAAAUGUGGGAUUUGUGAAAAACACUGUAAAUCUUUUGAAUCACUGAGGGAGCAUACUACAGGCCCACUGUCUAAAGCUAUUUGUUCAAGGAUUUUUGCUAACCAAGGAUGUGACCUUUGCUUGAAAGUUUUUGAAAGCCCCAUUUCUCUUAGCAAGCAUAAAGAAACAUGUCUUCUACCUGCUCCUGUUCCCAUUGGAACUAUCAUAAUGCCUCCUACAGAACCUCAAAUUGAUUUCACAGGAUCAGCCAAUGUAAACUACAGCGACAGAAGUCUUGAAGCAGUUGCUAUAGAUUGUGAAAUGGUUGGUUGUGGGAGUGAUGGUUCACUUGAUCUUUGUGCCAGGGUGUGCCUCAUUGAUGAAGAUGAGAAGCUGAUUUUCCACACUUAUGUGAAACCUCAAAUUCCUGUUACUAAUUACAGAUUUGAAGUAACUGGUAUUAGAGAGGAGCAUCUACGAGAUGCCAUGCCACUCAAGGAAGUGCAAGCUAAAGUUUUGGAAAUUUUGCAUAAUGGAGAGUCCAUUGGAAGACUGCGGUUGGACGGUGGAAAAGGUAGGCUACUUGUUGGUCAUGGCCUGGAGCAUGAUUUGGAUUGCUUGAGAAUGUAUUAUCCUCCUCACAUGUUGAGGGAUACUGCAAAAUAUCAUCCAUUGAUGAAAACAAAUCUGGUCAGCCACUCACUCAAGUACCUAACCGGAACAUAUCUUGGCCAGCACCACUCUCCUUUCCAAUUCCAAACCCUAGUAAGCAGUGUGCUCUUGUGCUGUAAUUGGGAACAUGGUGCCAAAUCCGCAAAAUUCCUAAUCCAAGGCUUUAAAUCCAUGUUCCCAAGUGCAUCAUUUUGUGCUUUAUUGUUCUCUUAAAUUAUAAUCAAAAUCUCUACAAGUUUUUCUUAUCCAAUUCAAAAUCCUCUCUAGCAAAUGGGAGAAGACACCAGAAGUUUGACUUGUGUUCUUUCUAUAACCUUUAAAAUUAAAUUGUACCAGUAACAGUGGGAGGUGUUUUGUUUCAAUUAGUGAAAGUAAUAGCCAUCUUUACCAUAUUGAAGUAGAGAAUUUGAAGGAACAUUUGAUUAGGUAGGUCAUCAUUGGGACGAGUAAAGAAAGAAGUCUCUUUCUCACUCCCUCACCCACACACACACACACACACACACACACACAACAGCCACACCACGCACACACAUUUUGGUGGUUCUGAUAAACAUUGAAUAUGCUUUUAUCCAUCUGCUGUCGGAGUUGUAUUCAAACUCUAUUUCUUUACUGUUAGGGAAAAAGUUGAUAAUAGUAAUAAUCAUCAUCGUCGUCAUUAUUAUUAUUAUUAUUGCUAUUUGUCAAUGUUUAAGCUGCAAAUAUGUGUCGCAUUGUACACAGAAAGACUGUUGAUAGACAUUGCUUUGUUUGCAAAAGUUCCCAACUUGCAGCAUAAUGAGAGCUUGGACCAUGCAGGUAUGAUAUACAGACAGGAAUUCACGAUCCAUAUGAAGAUUGUGUGUCUGUAAUGAGGCUGUACAAGAGAAUGCGGGCCCAAGAUCAUCCGGUGGAAAAGAUUGGAAUAUCCAUUGCUAGUCACCACAUCCAAACCUUCACCAACAACUUCGAAUCCUGUAGCACCAAGCAACUCGAGAAGAUGACUUCAAGAUCCAACUACAGGUGUUGGUGUAUGGAUUCAAGGCAAGAAGUACAGCCUUAACAUUUGAUCUUCAUUAGCAACUCGAGAAGAUGAACCAGAUGAGCUCAAUGAGAUUUGAAGAUCAAUAACUACAGGUGUUGGUGUUUGGAUGAAGAUAAGAUUAAUUGCAGCCUUGAUAUUGUUAUAUCAUUAUUUUCUUUGACAUAAGUUUUUGGUAAUCAAUGUUGGAUCUUGGCACCACAGAUUGUUGGGUUUCACGGGAUUACUGUUUUUCACUUCGUUAUUUAUAUCAUUGGUUCCGCUUAUUAUUGUUUUUCAA